GCUGAGGCCGAGCAGAUCUCAAUACUAGAUGAUGAGCCGAUUAAUGCUCCCAACGCCGACCAGUCCAAAGGGGUCGAGACCCUAGGCAAUGGUGUCCCUACAUAUAUUCCCUUCACACUUACCAUCACUUAUAUCAAGGCCUAUCAAGCAAGUGAAUCUUCUCCUGAGUCAACUAGGCAACGAAAACAUAUUGCUAAAAAGAGGAAAGUCAUGGAGAUUAGUGAAUCUGAUCAAGCUGAGGAGAUG